CCGACUGCGAUAUAAGUCACAUGUCGAUUGUUUGGCAUAGUCACAAGAUCAAGAUGCAGCGAUUAUUGAUGUGUUUUGUUGGUGUCAUCAGUCUUACAAAUUGUCAGAUUCCACCGUUUAUGGAAGAGUGUGUCAAUAAUGCAUAUCCACCACCAGCAAGCCAUAAAGUACCAUCGUAUGUGGUUAAUCUUGACCUCCCAGCUGCCCAAAGAUGGACGCCUGUUGUAAAGAACAAAGGACAUCAGAUCAAGAUGUUACUUGAUGAGUUCAAGUCAUUGAUCAGCGACAUAUUCAAUGGAUCCCAAGCUAUUGCUGACUUCAUCGAUAAAGAGGGGCCUGCCUUUGACAAGACCUUACCACAGCCGUUUGCCGAUGAAAUGAGAGGGAUAGCAAAUGUCACCGGUCUGGAACUGGGAGAGAUUGUAUUCUUCAAUGUCUUCUAUGAGUUUUUCACGGUCUGCACAUCCAUAGUGGCACAGGAUUCUACUGGUAAACUCUACCAUGCCAGAAACCUUGACUUUGGAUUAUUUCUUGGAUGGGACAUCAAGAACAACACAUGGGCAGUGACAGAGCUGCUGAGACCAAUGGUGAGCAUUGUGGAUUUUCAAAAAGGAGGGAAAACUGUCUUCAAAUCUGUCAGCUUUGCUGGAUACAUUGGGAUUCUUACAGCUAUAAAACCAGGAAAAUUUACAUUGACUAUGAAUGAACGGUUCAAUAAAGAUGGUGGCUAUAUAGGUUUGAUGGAGUGGAUCCUUGGAAUACGUACUGGUCAGUGGAUGGGCUUCCUUACCAGGAAUGUGAUGGAGUCAGCAUCCAGCUACAAUGAGGCAAAACACAGUCUGACUGUUGAGGAGAUGCUGGCUCCAGCCUAUUUUAUACUUGGAGGCAACGCAACCUCAGGACUUUAUCAACAGGGGUGUGUCAUCACACGGGCCCGGGACUCGGCAGUAGAUGUGUGGGACAUGGAGAGGGCCAAUGGUUGGUACGUCCUGGAGACUAACUAUGACCACUGGGAGGCGCCACUGUUCCUCGACAAUAGGCGCACACCUGCCCACCAUUGUAUGGGUAACAUGACACAACAGGGUGUGUCAAUCAAAGGGCUUCAUAAUGUCCUAUCCUCCAGACCUGUCCUCAAUAAACUAACAACAUACACCGCUCUGAUGCAGGUAGACAGCGGCCAUCUUGAAGCCUGGCUACAGUACUGUCCAGAACCAUGUGUCCCAUGGUAACCAACUGUAUGUUUUAGCAACAUCGUAACAUUGACCGACUUUUACCGUAUCCAUGGUAACACCGACUGACCACCCUGUAUCACGAGGUUACACUGACUGACCAUAAACAGUGAAUCACGAAGAGUGAAUUUUCAAAACAGUGCUGUGAUCAAACUUAUAAUAUGAGAUACAUAUUACUUCCAGAAAUGUUAAGUAUAAUAUAUAUAAAACUUUGAAUAACAGAUAAUGUAUGAUUGUUGAUGUACAUUGUAGCAGUUUUGUAUAUGUCUGUCUGACUGGUUCAUAGAGAGUUUACAG